CGAGGAGUAAGGCGUCACUUGAUAUUAUCGAUUUCUGCUGUAGUAGCCCUGGUCGGGACAGGGCUCGUUUUGUUGGACAUAUCUACCUCGGGUUGGCUACCAGUUGGUCGCAUGGACGGACAUCCCGCGCAAAACGAACCUCGAUCCUUACAGGCGGGCGAAGCAAAUGUCGCGCCCGACACUGCUUCCUUCAACCGAAGCCAUAAAAAUCUUUGGCCCUUAAAUACACGGGACAGCGUAACUCUGGUACUGGCGACAAGCGGCUUGAUUCUAGCCGCCGAUGGAGGCUUCGAAGCUGGAGGCCUUCUGGUGCCUCUUUUGCUUCUUGUCCAGCAAUUUCCCAUCAGACAAGCUGUCCCGCUAUCAAACAUCGCGAUGCUG